UAGAUAACCCGGAAGCGGUCGGCAGUGCGGCGCUGUUUAAAGAUGGCGGCGGAGGAACCUCAGCAGCAGAAGCAGGAGCCGCUGGGCAGCGACUCCGAAGGUGUGAACUGUCUGGCCUAUGAUGAAGCCAUCAUGGCUCAGCAGGACCGCAUUCAGCAAGAGAUUGCUGUGCAAAACCCUCUGGUCUCAGAGCAGCUGGAGCUCUCGGUCCUGUACAAGGAGUAUGCUGAGGAUGACAACAUCUAUCAACAGAAGAUCAAGGACCUCCACAAAAAGUACUCGUACAUCCGGAAGACCAGGCCAGAUGGGAACUGCUUCUAUCGAGCUUUUGGAUUCUCCCACUUGGAGGCACUGCUGGAUGACAGCAAGGAAUUGCAACGGUUCAAGGCUGUGUCUGCUAAGAGCAAAGAGGACCUGGUAUCCCAGGGCUUCACCGAGUUCACUAUCGAGGAUUUCCACAACACGUUCAUGGACCUGAUUGAGCAGGUGGAGAAGCAGACCUCGGUAGCCGACCUGCUGGCCUCCUUCAACGACCAGAGCACCUCGGACUACCUGGUGGUCUACCUGCGGCUGCUCACCUCCGGCUACCUGCAGCGCGAGAGCAAGUUCUUCGAGCACUUCAUCGAGGGUGGGCGGACUGUCAAGGAGUUCUGCCAGCAGGAGGUGGAGCCCAUGUGCAAAGAGAGUGACCACAUCCACAUCAUCGCGCUGGCCCAGGCCCUCAGCGUCUCCAUCCAGGUGGAGUACAUGGACCGCGGCGAGGGCGGCACCACCAACCCGCACAUCUUCCCCGAGGGCUCGGAGCCCAAGGUCUACCUUCUCUACCGGCCCGGACACUACGACAUCCUCUACAAAUAGGGCCGGUCCCGGCCUGCCGCUGCCCCGCCUGCCCUCCUCGCUUCAGGCGCUAGACAUGUACAGAGGUUUUUUUUGUGGUUGUAAAUGGUCAUAUUUCUCUUCCCCCCUUUUCCUGUCACACAACCUUCCAUGUUUUAUUAAAGGGGAUGCUGGUGGUGAGCCGUGUGUGCGCGUGUCCCUCCUGCCUGCCUGGCUGCUGUGUCUGGCUGUCCCCUUGUCCCCACCCCCACCCUAGGGGUCCCUCUCUGCCUUCUAUCUGUCUGCCCCAAGCCUCCCCACCAUGAGCAAUUUUGAGGGGGCCAGGCCUCUUGGGGACCCUUCCUGCUUACUUGGGGCUCUGCUUCCUUCUUUUGAGACUUUCUGCCUUCCCUCCUCAGCUGGAAUCUGGCCCAGGGGCUUCCAUGGGAAUCCCAGAAUUUCCUUGGUGACUUAUGCAGGGACCCAGGACUACCGAGGUUUCAGGCUGCUCCUUCACAGGCCCAGAGCCCAGCUUCCCACCCUCCCCCAGAGGUCUGCAUGCUCGGGGAGUCCCAGGUGGAGAGGGCUGACAUGAUGGGGGGACCCGGCUCAGGGCAGGUGGAGGAGCCCAGGCACCCAUAGUGUACCCCCAUGUGGUGGCCAGCCUGGGGAGAGGGGAGAAGGCUUCAAGCCUGAGGUGAUCCUGGGGCCCCAGGUUAGGACUAGCCCCAGUACUCUGUUCCUCCCCAGCCCAGCCCCAGCCUCCUGCCUGUGCCUGCUUUGCAUCCCCUUGCUUGGGCCACUGUGUCUUUGCAUUGCCUUCCUUUUGCCUCUCUUCUUCUCCCUCCCCAGCACAUGGGGGGUCUUGGCCCCUGGGCUGUGAGCUCCAUGGGGACAGGCCCUCAAUAAAUGUGAAGUGCUGCUGCCCGCCUCUGC